CGGCGGUGGCAGGAAGGGGCCGGAGCGCGGUGCCCGCGUGCGCAGCCCGGCGGCGGCGGCGCCAUGAAGCGGCCGCGGCUGCGGAAGGCGAGCAAGCGGCUGAGCUGCCACAAGCGGUACAAGAUCCAGAAGAAGAUCCGGGAGCACCACCGCAAAGUCAGGAGGGAGGCCAAGAAACGCGGGCGCAGAAAGCCCAAGAAGGACCCCAGCGUGCCCAACGCGGCGCCGUUCAAGGAGGCACUCCUGCGGGAAGCAGAGCAGAGGAAGCAGAGGCUUGAAGAACUAAAACAAAAGCAGAAGCUUGACAGACAGAAAGAACAUGAAAAGAAGAGGAAGCUUGAUGCUAAAAAGAAUGCAGCCAAAAUCCAGGAACAGACAGAGGGAACGGAACCUUCUAGCAAAUCUGAAGCAAAUACUAAGAAAGUGCCACAUAAAAAAUCAAAGAAAUCAUUUAACAGUGAGCUUGAGAAGGUGAUAGAAGCCUCAGAUGUGGUUCUGGAGGUUUUGGAUGCAAGAGAUCCAAUGGGCUGUCGCUGUCCCCAGCUGGAGCAAGCUAUUACUUGCUCUGGAGGAGACAAAAAGCUAUUGUUGGUUCUGAACAAAAUUGAUUUAGUGCCUAAGGAGAACUUGGAGAAAUGGUUGAAUUGUUUGAAGAAGGAAUUUCCAACAGUUGCUUUUAAAUCAUCAACCUUGAUGACAGACAGGACUACGCAGCAGCAUUUCUCAAGAAAAAGGGCACGUGUUGAUUUAUCAAGAAACACUGAAUGUUUUGGAAGUGAAUGCCUCUUGAAACUUCUUCAGGAGCACUGCAAGACUCAAAACAAAGCUAUUCAGGUUGGGUUAGUAGGUUUCCCUAAUGUGGGGAAGAGCAGCAUAAUCAACAGUAUUAAGAGAGAUCGUGUUUGCAACGUUGGGACAGCAAGAGGUCUUACCAAGUGCAUGCAAGUUGUGCGUAUUGAUAAACAGAUGAAGAUGUUGGACAGUCCAAGUAUAGUCGCAGAUCCUGCCAACAGCACCCUAACUCUGGCCCUGAGAAGUAUCAUAGAUGCUGGAGUAUCGGGCUCCGUAGACAUGGUUGAAGCAAUGGAUGCAGUUCUAAAUCACUGCAGUAAACAGCAGGUAAUGAUGUUCUAUAGUAUCCCGGAUUUCAGGAACACUGAAGAGUUCUUAACUUUACUUGCUCAGAAAAGGGGUAUGCUGAAAAAGGGAGGUGUUCCUGACAUAGAGAAUAUAGCCAAAUUACUACUUUGUGACUGGACAGGAGCUAAAAUAAGCUACCAUUCACAACCUCCAGGAUCUCAAAUGCUGCCCCCCUACCUUACAGAAGACAAAAUAGCUGAAAUGCAGAAGGGUUUUAAUUUAAAGAAGCUAGAAGAAGAAAACAAUGCUACUGUUCAAGCUUUAAAAUACCCUAGUCCAGCAAGCAGCAUUGUCUUCCAGUCAGCUGGCAUGACAAACGGGAAAAUAGAGGAAAAUAAAGUGGUAGGGGAAGCAUCACAGUGGGAGACUUUGGAAACAAGCAGGGAAGAAGAGGAAGAGGAUUUCAUGGAAACUGAUGACCAAGAUAGCAUGGAAGAAGAAGAAAAGGAUGUGAAAGAGGAAAGCAAAAUUCGGAUGACCAGGAAAGCAGAGCUUGGAAAACAACAAACAAGACGUGUAACUGCAGAAAACAAGCUAGCAGAAAGUGGAUGUGACAGUUCACUAUCGUUCAGCUUAGACAAGACAGCAGAUGAAGACGAUGCCUAUGAUUUUAAUACAGACUAUGUGUAAUGAGAUGUGCGAAGAUAGGGCUUGGAAACUAUUACUGGCCUUCAGACCAGUCAAACACUUCUGUUACAGAAGUUGUAGGAAUGCUUCAUAGCAGAGCUGCAAACAUUCACAAUUACUGUGUCAAAUAAUGUAUAUAAUACUGUGUAUCUCUAGAUAAUUCCAGAUUUUGUAUAGUUUUAGGAAGCUGACCUUUAAGCCCUAUACUUUUAAUUCCUGUUAAAAAGACUAUUUGAAAAAAAAAAUCGGACUGUGUUAGUCCAUUCUUUAUGCCUUGUAAAGAGAUUUUUCAAACGGAUAAAUCCCCCAUUGCUUUCUUUGAAAAACUAUGGUCACGUUUUAAGCAAUUAAAUUUUCAGGGCAAGGUUUCAUGUUCCCUUCAUAAAAAUGUUAAUCAUUUUGCCUAGAGGAUUAUAGACCGUACCUCUAGAGCGUGACUUAAGUGAGUUUUCAGUAUUUUUAAAAACUAUACGACUUUCACAGGUAAAAGUUGCUUGGCAAAUACUACUUACUUCAGCUAGACAUAAGGUAUUUUAUCUAAGCACUUCUCUGUAAGCUCACUAGCUUCACAGGGAGAGGUAACUGGGAUUAUGGUAACAGUAAUUUGUCUAAAUUGGGGGGAAAAAAGCUCCUUCCUAUGGUGCUCUUGAAUAAAAGACAUAUUUCCUGAUGGAAAUAUGGUAGCAACUGGUAACUGUAAAGCAAAGCAUGUUCUUCUGUGUAAUAAGGAUGUUACUGUAGUCAGCCUGCAGCAAAACUGGGACAACAUUAACCAGCUGCACUGAAAGCGGCAGCUGAUACAUUUUCUUUAAAUGUACCUAGAGUAAUCCAUGCCUCCUAGGUAUCUUAAACUGCAUGUGUCUGUAUCUGUGCUUGAUAUUUUUUUAUCUAAGCCUGCUGAAAUAGCCACUGACAGGAAUGGUUCUUAAGAAGCCAGGAAAAGAAAGGAUCAGUAACAAACCAGAGAGCAGCACAGAACUAUACAUACACUGUCUAUAGCUCUGGUAAUGAGAUGAGAAGUUGGAAAUCCUUUUAAAUUAUAAAGCAGUACUGAAACCAUAUUCAUACACAGAAGCAAGCCCUUUAGCUCUCUGCUCCCCUGUACCUCAGAUCAAUGAACCACUGAGCCUUUCACUGCUUGUCUUUUAUCCGUACAUCUUAUACCUGUUCACAAGUAGUAGUACUGAAUAAACAUGAGAACUUGAA